CUUAAAGACACUGUUGGCCGUCUGCAAGCGCCGACUAAAGAAACCACGAAAAGGGAAACAACGCUGCCAAGCAUCACACCUCACAGCAUUCGCAUUCAAGGGAUUGCGACCUCCACGUCCAACUCUCUGGCUCCAGUAAAUGCAGAUUUUUCGUAUUCCGUCAGCCACCAAAACAUUUCCUUUACUCGAACUCUUACGACGUGUCCUAAGCACCAGGUGGAAACCAGGAUACCCUCGUGGUUCAGUAAAGGUCUCGCUCACUACCCGGUCGUGCCGAUAGACAAAGUCCAGCGGUUGAUCAUUGUCACUUAGCUCCGCAGCGGUUCCAGCUUUGUUAGCGAGAUCCUCUCAUCGACGCCUCGCACUUUCUUGCAUUUCGAGCCCCUGCACAUGUUCAGCAUUAAUUCCAGGAUCAAUGCCAGUGCAGCCACCAAAGCCUUGGACUUGAUCGGCCACCUCUUCCGCUGCAAUUUCCAGCGUGUCGAACGAUACGCUCGCUGGGAUUACGAGCACGCGCACCUCUUUAUGUGGAACCACUUCCUCUGGACCCUCUGCAGAGGCCAGCUUUCAGUCUGCUUCAACUCUGACGCUAUCUCCCAAGUUUGUUCGCGGGCGCCUGCGCAGGUUAUGAAGGUCACGCGGCUGCACAUGUCUGAGAUUCGAGACUGGUUGCGUAGCAACGCGGAAAUAGCGGAAUCUGUGAAGAUUCUUCACCUGGUGCGAGACCCGCGAGGCAUCGUGGCAUCGAGGAGACUGGUGUACUGGUGCAACGAGUCCAGGAGUUGCGUGCACCAGGAUACAGUGUGCUCAGAGAUUCGCGCUGACCUGGACUCUUAUGAGGAGUUGAAGAAGGCGCUUCCAAACAACACACUUCGGUAUGAGGAUUUGUCUCUCGAUCCUAAGAGUGAAGCUGUGAGGCUGUUCGAUGCUCUACGGCUCAAGUACACACAUUACGUCACGAGGUUUCUCAAGACGCACACCAAGGCACAAAAGGACUCCGCUUUCGAUCCGCACUCGACGAUGAGGAAUUCGUCUACCGUCGCGUUUCAAUGGAGGACUAAGCUGAGCUACAAAGACAUCGUGGAGAUUCAGCGGUCCUGUUCGGAUGUGCUCGCACGGUUAGGUUACAAGAUGAUAACUAGUGAAAAAGAAAUGUUUAGAGGAGUGCCCCUAUUUCCUGUAGCAAACUUGAUAGCACCCGUACGACGCUAAGGAUGCCAGAAUGCAUCACAAGGAGGUAAAUUUCGUGAACGUGCGCAUGCUUUCCGUGACCGUGCUGUAUGCUUCUUCGGACUUUGUUAGGUCUUAGGAGGGAAAGCAUGGUGUGCCAUUACGUUUGCAUGGUACAUUUAGCAAUACUUCAAUUUAUAAGACU